AUGAGAAACAAUCUGCUUAUCUGGCUCACAGGGUGGAACUUCGGAACGUACAACAACUUCCACCGCUGGUUAGCCCGAAUCGCAACCGUACAGGCCAUAGUUCACUCAUUAGGAUACUCUGCGCUCAUUUUGAGAAAAGGUGGAUGGGAGUAUUUCUGGCGGCUGUGGGCGCUGACCUUCUGGUGGACAGGGGAGCUGGCCACCGUUUUCAUGAGUUUACUUGUAGUUUUCUCGGUUUUCUGGGUUCGGCGUAGGCAAUAUGAAGUCUUCCUUGUCGUACACAUUGUGCUAUCGAUCUUGAUCCUUGUUACCAUGCUGGGCCACGUUUGGAUAUUCAAAGGUGUUUAUGAUGCUCUCGUGUGGGUUCCAGCAGUGAUAUGGCUACUCGAUCGGGUUCUUCGCGGGGCUCGGAUCAUUGCUUUCAACCCGGUCUUCUGGGAUACUCAUGCCUCGGUCACGUACAAUGAGCAAGCUCACAUGAUUCGUCUGGUUGUUCCACUAUCUUCAAACUUUUAUCAAGUCAAACCAGGGACAUUCUGCUAUAUUAUGGUGCUAAACAAAUGGGACUUUUGGGAAAGCCACCCCUUUACAGUGGCAUCUGUGUCAGGGAAUAAUCGAAGUGCGGCGCAACCACAAGAGCAUGCGCCUCUAUUGAGAAGCGAGCCACUUUCUCUCGACGACAUGGGAAUAGAGCCGAAAAGACGUGCAGAAGAGAUGACAUUUCUGAUUCGUCCCUAUGACAGCUUCACUUCACGGUUGAAGGAGCAUGCAGAAUCAAGUUAUCCAAAGCCAGCAACACUCCGCGUAGCUAUUGAUGGUCCUUAUGGAAGAACAGCCCCCUUGGAACGCUUCGAUAAAGUGCUUUUCGUCGUGGGAGGCAGCGGGAUCGCGGUCCCCCUUUCGUACCUAGAGACGCUCAUAGCGUCGUCAAAACGGCCAAAGGCGAUUUAUAUUCACUGGGCUGUACAACAGUCGGCUCUGGCCAUCGAUGUACUCCACUGUGAACUAAAUGAAGCUCUGAAGAGCAAUCGGGUGCGGGUCAAUGUUUAUGUGACUCGUUCCCAGGGCAGAGUAUCGAGUGACGAAACCACUUGUCGUUUUGUGGAGUGGAGAACUGGACGAAUGAGUACUGAAGGCGUCAUUCAGGCAACUCUGUCCACCGAAGAAACCGACAGUCUUGCGGUAGUCGCAUGCGGUCCGGCCAGGAUGGCGGACGAUUGCAGGAGGAUCGUAGCGACCAAGAUGGUGCAUUCACUACCCUAUAUUGAGUAUUUCGAGGAAAGCUUUCAAUGGUAG